CCUUGUAAUUCAUAAUGGAAAAUGCCUACACAUACGUAAAGCCUGGGUGAAAUUUUAAUGUCAAUACACGUCCACACAGACGUGGUUAUCUGCCUCUGUUUUUUGCCUCCAUAAUCUUGAGAUUUUCCUCCAGAAAGGGUAGCCACACCAACAGGAGGUGCUACACGAUCUAUAGACAAAGGAAACAUGGCAUGAUAGAUGCACAACCCGUCUUGGUAGACCAUUUUCUUUUUUUUGUGAAUGAGGUGUUUCAGUGUUUAUGACAGGUGCGAGAGAUGAAAACAGCUCAUCGGAUAUAACCGGCUCAGCUAACCACAGGGAUGCUGGUCAGGAUGCUCAAGCUGCGAAUGCUUAAUGCAAUUGCCCCAGCCUACUUCUACAUUGCCACAGUGGUCACCAUUAUUCUCCAUUUCUUCCUCUUCGUCCCAACUAUUUUCCAAGCCUCAGGUGUUACUCUGAGUCCCAUCGUGCUGCUCCCCACAGCCAUUUUCCUGUUCCUUAUGGUAAAUGCUCUCGGUAAUUACUCAAUGACUGUAUGGUUCCCAGCAGAGAGUGCCAACGAGAACAUUAUUCCUGUCUGUUCACCGGACUGUCCGGACAGAGUGGACGCGCACUACCUCCUCAAUGGUCGGCACUUCUGCAAACUGUGUAGGAAAGUGAUUAUGAAACGGGACCAUCACUGUUUCUUCACGGGAAACUGCAUUGGGAACAGGAACAUGCGCUAUUUCAUCAUGUUCAGCAUAUACACCUCCUGUACCUGUCUGUACUCACUGGUGCUUGGGGUGGCGUAUCUCACAGUGGAGUAUUCCAUCUCCUUUGAAAACCCACUGACAUUCCUCACACUUCUGCCCCUCUCCACUGGGUACUUCUUUCUUGGUACCAUCUCAGGCCUUCAGUUCUUCUUGGUCCUUAUGCUCUAUGUAUGGCUGGGCAUUGGGUUGGUCAGCGCUGGUUUCUGCUGCCAGCAAGUUUUGCUUGUGGCCCGUGGACAAACCUGGUGCCAGCUGCAGAAAGGGAAGCUGGUGGAGAGCCGAGGAACGUGGCGUUCCAAUUUGAGUGAUGUGUUUGGUUCCCGCUGGGUACUGGGUCUUUUCCUGCCUGUACAGACUGAGGAGAUCAGCCCUGGAAACUGGCAGAGAUACCAUGAGCACAAACAUGACUGACCUUGAAAUAUUACAGCCUAUGUGAUGAAGUACGCUUUGUGUACUACAUCAGCUCUCUUACAUGUAUUAAAGCUGUAUAUAUGGUGAUUACAUCAUAUGCCUAGAAUUAGACCACAGUUAUGAUCAAGGACAUGCUCUCUGUAUUUUAGUUUUUUUUUUUUUUUUGGAAAACGGCACAAAUAAAUAGAACAGUUUUUGUUAUAUCAUCUACUGGAGGUCAGGUUACAGCACAUUGCUUACACAACUGGCCUGUCAGAUAAUAGAAAACCAUUAUAUUGCUCAUUCAAUGCACAAUAGAGUCUAUUAGGAGACCGUUCUUUAUUACAGGCCUAAUUAUGCUGAGGAUGCUAGGCUAGUUUAGUGCAUCCAGGCCACCCCAGAUGUGCAAUGCAUUUAACAAGGUUAAAAUACUUUUUAAAGCUAACUUAGAAAAGCAUGCCACUCAACAGUCAAACACCUCUUAGCUGUUCUUAUAAUCCACCAUCAUACAUUUGAAGCAGCACUUACACAUAAGAGCAAAAGUGAAAUACAAUUGGCCCAAUUAAAAAAAUGGCCUAAACCUUGUUAUCACAAUGUAUUAUCAAGUCAUUCAGAAUUAUUAGAAACCUAUACAACAUAUUUUGACUGCUACAGUUAUAUGAAGUGCGCUAUAUGUCCAGAAAUUUGUAGACAUUUGCUUAUCCAAAAUUUCCUCUGAAAUAAAAGGUAUUAAUAAGGAGUUUGUCCCCUCUUUGCUGCAUUAACAGGCUCUACUCAUUGGGGAAGACUUGAUGUUGGAACAUUGCUGUGAGAAUAUGAUUGCAUUCAGCCACAAGAGCAUUAAUGAGGUCAGGUACUGGUGUUGGAUGAUUUGUUCUGGAUUAGAAAUCCAACUCAUCCUGAAGGUAUUCAGUGGCAUUCUGCACUGCAACAAACUUAGUCAGGCCAUCUUAUACUUUAGGGCAACUGAUUUUACAGCUGUGUCAAUCAUUCUCCUAACUCAAACUUUUAGUACUACAUCUCAGUUAGAUCAAUAAUACAGUUAAAGUUCAGAUUACUGAAAUAAAUACAGUUAAUGUGUUGCCUCUUUAUAAGCUGAAAUUGCUUUAUAACACAGUUUAAUGAGCUUACUCAAAAGCUAUAAGCCUCUGAUUAGGCUGAAGUUGCUCAUGUUUUUUUGUUGGAUUUUUACUCCUCUCUCUCUGAAUUUGUCAUUGCUAAUUCCCACCUGCAAAUUAGGACUCCAUUGAUCAAAUGAAGGUCCCAGGCUGGGGAGUAGUUAAUAAGUCCCAGGACUGGGACAUUGCCAGUAUCCAAACCUAUUGAUCUGGGCUCAAAUAAUUCCUCAUGCUCAGACAGUGAGCAUUGUCUGAGCGUAGAAAAAGAAACAGCUACCUGUGCUGAAGUACAUUCAUUACAGCAAAUUUACUAAAAAUUGUGGUAUCACACAUUUUGAAAUAUUUUUAUUUUUUCUUUCUGUAAUUUUAACAGCUCUAGAGUCCAACUACCCUACUGGUUGAGUUAGUGAUGCCACAGCCCUUCAUAUUUGGGAGUCUGAGAGUAGGAACCACCUCCUGGGUGAGAGAGGAAGUCCUAAUCUGCAGGAGAAUAAUAGCAACUAACACAUUCUGGGGGAAGAGGAAACCUUCAAAAGUAAAAUCUAAAAAAAGUUAACCAAUUUUGGCCUAUAGAGAGGCUUGUGGCUGAUUUAUUCUGCGUAUACGUAUCUGCAAGCAUGUGCUCAAACGUUCUCUCUGCCAAUACAUUUGCACAUACAGUAUAAUGAAUGUGUAGACUAGGAGGCAGUGUUAAAGUGGAAGCGGAAAGUCUUGCAUUUUCACUCUCACUGUCCAAGAAUGAAUAUUCACGUCACUAUUUUUGUAAUAUUUUAAAGCAGUGUAAAAUCUUCUACCAACAGAUCCUUAAACUGCUCCACUUGAUUCUGCUCUAGUUCUGGUUUGACUCAAGUAUUGUUAGGGUCUUGUCCAACCCCCGUCAUUCUGGAGAGCCUAUUAGCAUUUGUUUCCUAUACAGCUCUGCAUAGUUCACAUAUUUACAGAUUUACAAAUCAGCCUUUAGUUUUUUGAGUAAGCUCAACUGUACUGAUGACAUAACAGAGAUACAGUAUCAAAAGUGUGAGUAAGAGAGACUUUUGACUAAACUAAGUUAACUCAAAAAAGGUGUGAAAUCAAUUGUCUUAUCAUUUUAAGUUGGCCUGUUAUCAUUUUUACAGUGCAUCACUCCAGAGAACACAGAUCCACUGCUCUACAGACUGAUGCUGGGGAGCUUUUUACCUCUUGAGCUGAUGCUCAAUGGCUGCUCCAGAGCAUUCUGUCCUAUUAGCAAUGCUUUUCAACUAAGAUUAUACAAGUUGUCCCAAUGUUUGUCACAGCAACAGGUGCACAUGAAAGUAACUGAAUUCACUACUGCUGGAUACUUUUGGACAUAAAGUGCACGUCAGUAUUGUCUAUCAUGUUUUGUUUAGGUCAUCACUGCAUGACUGUUUGCUGUAAUGUCUGUAGUGCAUAUUGUUUACCAAUGUUUUUGCUUUUUCUUCAUCAGUAAGAUCUUCCUCAAUAAAUUUGCUGUGCAUA